AUGGCGGCCUCAGAGACGACAGCGCCGGUGGCGAAGAAGCCCAAGACAGUCGGCUUUGUGGACUCGUUCUGGUCCGCAGACUAUGCUGGCGGCUUGGGGAUACUCUUCCAGAAGCUACAGCAGGGCGUCAUAGAGAACACACAGGUCCUUACGAUAGCGACGAUGCGAGCAGACGCCGAAGAGCUGUAUAGUGAACGGCUCGAGGACAUUGCGCCGACUAUCGACCGCAUGACGAAUGGCUUUGCACGAGAUGACGGCGCUAGUGUGAAGAAGGCAUAUGAAGGCGUCCGCGGCGAGAUGGUCGAAGCGGCCAAGAAUCACCACAAGAUUUCCAACAACAUCCGCGAGCUGGUCGUGUAUCCUUUCGGGAGAUGGUGCGACGCACAUGCGCUGCGGGUCCAGAAUUCGCAGGACGACCUGCAGUCCAAAAUCAAGGCGCAUGAUAGUCAGGCAGAUCUUGUCAAGAAGCUGCGGAGUCAAUACUUCAACAAGUGCAGACUGGUGGAGGAUCAAGAGGAGGAGAAUAAACUGGCGUUUAAGGAGCCCGAGAAGACCGAGCUGGGUAGCCCCAAGCAAAGUCCGCCACCCAAGAUCAUUCUCCCUGACGAGGACGAGGAACUACCGGUCGAGUUGGGAGACGAGACGUUCACACCGGAGAGGAUGAAAGAGGCGCUGACGGCCAUGUUGAAUACCAUACCCAUCUCAGAGUUCAAGGUGCCUGUGCUAGGCACAUAUCAGAACGUCUCAGCCGGCACAGACAUCGUCGACUUCUUGCAGAAACACCUUGGCGCAUCAAGCGUGGGCUACGCGGAGAAGAUGGGCCAGGAUCUGGUCGACAGGGGAUUCCUCAGACUGAUUGGGAGUGUAGGCAGCACAUUCGCCAACAGCUCACGUAUGAGGUACCAAUGGAAGACAAAAGUGUUCAAGAUUACAGGCAUCCCGGAGAAAAAGAAGCCAUUGGGAAGAGUGAGCUCCGGCGGCUCAGACACCGGCAGCAUCGACUCGCCCGUCGCCAACAUUACCGAGACCCUGCAGGCAUGGAACCCACUAAAUAAUCCCUACCCGAACAUGACACCCAGCGAACGACUACGAAGAGAAGCCAAAGACGCCGACGAGAAAUACAAAGCCGCCAUUCGCCGCCUAGACCUCCUUCGCUGCAAUCUCGAAGAAUCCAUGAUGGACCACCUAAAAUUCCUCGAGCGCUGCGAAACCGAUCGCCUCAAAGCCAUCAAAUCCGUCAUUCUCGACUUCUCCGGCGCCAUCUCCAAUAGCAUCCCUUCCUUUCAGUCACAAGUCGACAACAUGGUCCUAUACCAAGAGACUAUCAAUCCUCUCAGCGACCUUCGGUACUUUCUCGAAAACUACCGCGUCGGCGCCUUUGUCCCUCGUCCGACCCCCUACGAGAACUACUACGGCAGCGUCGACGACCAGAUCUUCGGCGUGGACCUCGAAGCCCGUGCCCGCGCCGAUCGGAAACGCGUCCCUGUCCUCGUGACCUCUAUCCUAACCUUCCUCGACAACCACUAUCCGGACCUCGAAGGCGACGAAGCCCGUCGGAGCAUCUGGCUCGUCGACGUGCCCUUAGCCGCAACUCACCACCUGCGCAACCAGCUCAACCACCACAACCAGACUCCCGAAAACGGCAGCAGUAGCAGCAGCGCGAACAAAAUCCCCCGCGAAGUCCUCGAGCGCUACGAGAUCCCCAUCGUCGCAUCCGUCCUCAAACUCUACCUUCUCGAACUCCCAGACUCUCUAGUCUCUAGCCAGGUCUAUGAAAUCAUCAAAACAAUCUACGCCACCACCUCCGACGCAACACCCAACCCCAUAUCCUCCGACUCCGUCGACUCCGCACCUAGGAUAAAAGUCCUGCAGAGCACAUUAGGCCAACUACGUCUAAACAACAUCGCCACCCUCGACGCCAUCACGACACACUUCACACGACUGAUUGAUCUCACGAGUGCGGAUGAUGCGUAUGUGGGCGAGCUGGCGCACGUGUUGGCGCCGUGUAUACUGCGGCCGCGGACGGAGAAUACGUUGACGUUGGAGGAUCGGCAUGCGUAUCGGCUCGUCCGUGAUCUGUUUGAGCACAAGGAGGCUAUUUUUGGGGAGCUGAAGCGGCAGUCGAGUACGUUGAGUGCGAGCAAUAGUAUUGGGGGAAGGACGCGGGCGGCGAGCAAAUAUGGAGCACGCGCGAAGGCCAUAUCGGAGGCGAGAAGGGAUAGGAGUCCCGCGCCGACGAAUCGGCACCGCAGAGACAAAUCCACUGAUGGGUCAAUAUCAGCAGGUCGCUUUCCGGUUGUUGCUAGUCCGAGGCCGGAUCAGUCGACGUUUGCUCAUCGUGACGCUGGAGCAAGGGUGUCGCUGCCCAACAAGCGCACGAGUCUCGAAGUGCCCGGGAGUUUGGACUCGAGUCCAGUCCAGAAUCGGAAUGCGGACGCGCAUAAUAAGCUGGCGGCUAUCACGCAGGGACAGCCGAGUGUGGCUGCUGGUAACGCCGGCGGGCCGGCAUCAGCGGCGCCCAAAGUCGAUACCGCAAACGGCACCCCUACAGCCACCACCGCUUCGGGUUUGACGGAUUCGCCUUCGGCGCUGAACACGCCCACCUCCCUGAAGAUGAACAUGUCCGCCUUCGGCGGCCCGGGCCCGCAUAUCCCGCCGCCUGUCUCAGACGACGAAUUGUCUGAUCACGCUUCUUCGCCUCAACAGCGGAAGGCUGCGCUAGCGAAUAAUCAGGCUGCGUUUGGCCAGAAUGCGCAAGUGGGAGGCGGCAGCCUGAAGCGCUCGGCCGCUGGCAGUGGGAAAAGCGCACCUUUAGCGAGAGGGAGGCAGGGAACGAGGCAGGGAACGGCUGACAGCAUCGGUGGACAAAGCGCGCAGCAGCAGGGAGUGUCAUUGAGUGACAAGCCUUUCGAUGAUGACUUUUCGUGA